CUAUUCUUAUCGCCCAACACAACAGCUGAUUGGAACACUUUUUUAUAAAGUGCAUUUUAUUUGUUUUUCUAUCACUAAUUGGGACUUCAGCAAUGUCACGGCUUGCUUUGUUGCGCAAUUUGGUAAGCCAUCGGCAGAAUCUGCUGCCGAACAACUUUGCCAGGAUAAAAUGUGCGGCGGCGAUGCACUGGAGUCCACACUUGAAGCAGGAGGCGUCGCGCGAUGGUGGCGGUAGUUCCUUGCAGCGAUCGCAGGAUAACACCCAGGUGUCUAAGGAUGUGCGGCCCAUCGGCGAGAAGAUCAAAGAGAAUACGAAAACUGCUAGCUAUACGGCUAUAAUAAUUGCUGGAUUGGGUGUAACCUGUGUCAUGUUCUUUGCCAUAUUCCGGGAGCUCUUCUCCAGCGAAAGUCCCAACAACAUAUACGCAGAUGCUUUGAACCGUGUGGUGAACGAUCCGCGAGUUCAGGACGCUAUUGGAGCACCCAUCAAGGGAUUCGGCGAGACUUCGCGGCGAGGACGCAGGCAACAUGUGGCCCACUCAAGCUACGAGCGUCAUGGAAAACCCCACAUGCGGAUGCAGUUCUAUGUGCAAGGUUUAAGGAACAAGGCCACCGUGCAACUGGAAUCCAGAAGGUCAAACGGCGGCAAACUGGAGUAUCGAUACCUAUUUGUGCAAUUGGAUCACUAUCCCCACACCACCAUUAUUCUGGAAGACAACCGCGCCUUUGAUCCCGCCCCUGAGCCAGCGUCCGCUGCAUCUUCCUUUGGCAACCUUGCACUGAUGUCAAACAGCCGGGACAAAUGAGCACUGCACUUAAAUUUUCUGUACACUUGUUAUAUUUAUUAUUUGACUGACAAUGAAUUUGCAUUAGAAAUCCAA